AUGGCGGCCUGCGAAGAGUGCCUAGCGGGCCACUACUGCUCGGAAGAAGGGACUUCGAGAGAGCAAAUGGAAAAGCAAAAGUGCCCAGCAGGGGCAUACUGCGACGCUGGAGUCGAUUCCGUCCCCGUUCCUGCAAGCCAUCCUUGCCCAGCAGGAAAUUACUGCCCGGAGGUUCGAGACCACGCCUUGAGCCCGUUCCUGCAAGCCAUCCUUGCCCAGCAGGAAAUUACUGCCCGGAGGGGACAAAAAGCCCCAUCCAGUGUAAGGCAGGGACCGUCAAUCCAAAGACUGGCCAGAUAUCAAGAGGGGGCUAGGAGUGAAGAGGAGUGCGACAAGUGCCCUCAGGGCUACUAUUGCGACGAAAACGAUACCCUACAGAAAUGCCCCGAAGGCCACUACUGCGAGUUGGGUACAGUUGAACCGAAAAGAUGCCCAGCGGGAACAUUCAGUAAAACAACGGGGAACGCGUCUGUGUAUGACUGCACGGACUGCCCUCCUGGGAAAUACUGUGAAUCUGAAGGCCUUCCAGAGCCAACAGGUCCUUGUAGGGCAGGGUACUUGUGCUACAAACGAGCUACAUCAGAUGCGCCUACAGACGGAGUUACCGGGGAGCUAUGCACUCCCGGAGGCUACUGCAAAGCGGGGGCUACCACAAAGUCCUAUUGCCCUCGAGGCAAAUACAAUCCGAACAGGGGAGGCUCGAGAGAGGAAGACUGCGUAGAUUGUCCGCCUGGCUACUUCUGCACUGGCAGCGAUUCUACGGAGCCUGACGGAGAAUGUGAAGCGGGGGCAUAUUGCAUAGGAAGCGCAGAUAAUUCUAGGCAGCACGUAGCGGAGAUAGGACACUACGCUGCAUCGGGCUCUUCGAAGCAGACGAAGUGUCCAGCUGGAAGUUUUGGCCCGCACGAGGGCCUGGGUGAAUGUUACCUCUGUGCCAGCGGGUGGAUGACGGUAGCAGCUGGUCAGUCACAGUGUGAUCCUUGUUCUAUGGGUAUGUAUUGCCCCGACGAAGGAACCUCUUCUCCACGGUUGUGCCCGGCCGGGACCUACAGAAAUGCUGGAUAUGGCUCGUCAGUUAGCAGUUGCCACCAGUGCCCCCCUCACAAAGCCUGCACAAGAGAGGGUGAAUCUGGGAAAACAUUGCAAGAUUGCGAAGAGGGAUACUAUUGUAUUUUUGGUUCCUCUUCCACCACACCAUCAAAAGAUGACCCACAUUACGAUAAGAAGAAGGCGGGGCCCUGCCUCCCAGGCAUGUACUGCCCUGGAGGGGAAAUCCCGUCGCCGUGCCCGAGAGGAAAGCUAGGCCUUGCUGAAGGGCAGGUUAGCGAGUCGGAGUGCACUGCAUGCCCUGCAGGAGAAGUGUGCGAGGCUUUAGGCGGCUUGGACAGUUCUCCCUGUCCUGAGGGGUUCUUCUGCCAGCAAGGCACAACGACUGCUGAACGCGUUGCCAACUUAUGUCCCACCGGCAAAUUCUGUCCAUUGGGUAGUGUCGCUGGAGACGACUGCUCGGCUGGAACAUUUGCGCCUUUUAGCGGGAUGGCCGAGUGCCUGACGUGCCCGGCUGGCUACUUAGCCGAUGAAGCUGACAUCCAGUCAUGCCUUGGAGGCAAAUUUUCAAACCCUGGAUCAAUGGCAGAUUCUGAUUGUAAAACAUGCCCUGCUGGGUACUACUGCCCGGAGGCGUCGAGUACUCCAAUUCCUUGCAAAGGAGGAACUUUAUGCAGCCAGGAAGGCCGGGAGGAGCACACUGAGAGUUGCCCACAAGGAAUGUACUGCGAGGCGGGAACCAUAGAGUACAUUCAGCCAAGUGCACAGCAAUGUCCAGCAGGUUCUUACUGUCCAGGAGGGUCUUCUGCCCCGAUUGCCUGUCCCAUGGGAACAUUCUUACGCACUCUAGGGGCUGCAUCGGAUUCAGAGUGCGCGCAAUGCCCCGAAGGAAGGUGA